AUGCAUGCGCGAGAGCGCAGCCGGUCACGUAGUCCAGUCGCAGGAGACAACGGGCUUGCAGCAGUGACUUCACCUGACGUCGGACCAUGCCAAGCGAGUGUGGCGUCUGCCCCCGGCAGCAGUGCCGGAGAUGCAUGUGCCGGAGCGGCGGGUUGCAACGGCUGUGGGCAAGCCUGUCCAUCUGGAUGCCCCGCAGGCUGUCAGACUAGCUGUCAGCCAAGCGGCGGCUGCAUGGCGGGGUGUAUGCCUUGUUGUUGUGGCGGCUGUGGUUGUUGUGGCAGCUGUCCUGGAUGCGGCUGCUUGGGUUGUGGUUGCCCUACAAUGUCGGCUAUGAAUCCAAUGGCCGCCCUCAUGCAGCAGCAGCAGAUAGCCAUGAUGAUGUCCCCCAUGGCCGGCAUGAUGCAGAUGAAUCCAAUGGCCAGCAUGAUGCAGAUGAACCCCAUGGCAAUGGGAAUGAUGCCAGGAGCCACUGGACAAAUGGCUGCCCCGGUGGAUCCUAAUGCCUUGGCUUUUGCCGGACAGGAGGAACUCCCGGAAGAAGAGGAGGAGGACCCCUACCCGCCGGGCGCGUCCCCCAACAUCAACCACCCGCACUACCGGCCCCCGGACAUGGAGGUGGUCCCAGGUCUGACAGACCGGCGGUUCGUGGGUGUGAUGUACUUGUGGUUCGAGGACAAGGGCUUUGGUUUCAUCGAGUGCCCGGACAUUACGAAGAAGUUUGGGCAAGAUGCGUUCCUUCAUCGGACGCAGCGAAAAAACUUCAAGCGCGGGCAGUACGUUUCCUUCUCUGUUUACCUCAACUACCGUGGAAAGCCUCAGGCGACGGAGCUUCGCAAGGCGGAGAAGCCGAAACCCGAGGAGAAGACCUGA